AUGACAACCUUACAACCAUUUGAAGUAACUGAUCUUUUGAAACUAAAUAAUGUUAACUUAGACAUACUUACAGAGAAUUUUCCAGUUGAGUUUUAUUUUGAGUAUUUAAUUCUAUGGCCAAAUUUAUUUUUCAAAUCUCAAGAGACUAGUGUUGAUUCUGAAGAGACUAAAUAUGAUAUUUCAGGUUAUAUGAUGGCAAAGACUGAAGGUAAGGGACAAGAUUGGCACUCUCAUAUAACUGCAGUUACUGUUGAUUCAGUAUUCCGUAGGAUAUCAUUAGCUUCAAAAUUAUGUAAUUCAUUAGCUGCUAUGGUGGAUUCUAAACCUCAUGAUGUAAAUUUCAUUGACCUUUUUGUAAAAUGUAAUAAUGAAUUAGCAAUUAAAUUAUACGAAAAAUUGGGAUAUUCAGUAUUUAGAAGAGUAGUGGGUUAUUAUAAUUCAAGUGAAGAUGGAUAUCCAAAUACAUUAAAAUAUAUAGAUGACGAUAAAGAUGCAUUCGAUAUGAGAUUAGGAAUGGAACGCGACUUGGGAAAGAGUAUAAGAAAAGACGGAAGAAACUUUAAAUGUUAUCCACAUGAUAUUAAAUUUUAA